UGUGUCUAUAAAAAGCAGCAAGAAUCAGCCAUUUUCCACAAUUCUUCAGAUUCUCCUUUGUAAAAAAAAAAGCAUAUGCUCUGCCGUCCAACCUAGUCGUGCUCGCUGUCGUCUCAUUAUAUUCUUCGCUUUACAAUAUAUUAAUUUUUGCACCAAGAGAUAUGGGUUGGAAUGGAUGUCUCAAGAACCUGGUCAUCAUGACUUCUUUGAUGGUGGCCAUGAUUGUUGUUCAACAUGUGGAGUGUGAGGAAGGUGAUCAUGUUCAUGAGUCAGCCAGCAUGUUAGUUCAGCAUGGUGGCUUCGUUCAACGAAGUGGCACCAAUUUCGUUCUGAAUAACAAGCGUUUCUACUUCAACGGAUUCAACGCCUACUGGUUAAUGGUUAUGGCUUCUGACCCAUCCACAAGGCCCAAGGUCACUACCAUUUUGCAACAAGCUUCAAGCCAUGGUUUAACUGUUGCAAGAACUUGGGCUUUCAAUGAUGCAGGUUACAGAGCCCUUCAGGUCUCUCCCGGUUCCUACGACGAGCAAGUAUUCAGGGGAUUAGACUUUGUAGUAUCAGAAGCGGGAAAACAUGGGGUGCGUUUGAUACUGAGUUUGGUCAACAACUGGAAAGAUUUUGGUGGGAAAAAUCAGUACGUGGAAUGGGUAAAGCAACAUGGUGCGUACGUGAACAACGAAGACGAUUUCUUUACGCAUCCUGUUGUUAAGACACUUUACAAAAACCAUAUUCAGACUGUGCUGACAAGAAAAAACACCAUAACUGGGGUGGCAUAUAAGGACGAUCCUGCCAUAUUUGCUUGGGAACUUAUGAAUGAACCUCGUUCCCAACACGACAACUCCGGAAAAGCUAUUCAGGAAUGGGUGACUGAGAUGGCUGCCCAUGUCAAAUCCAUCGAUAGGAACCAUUUGCUGGAAAUAGGACUAGAAGGGUUCUACGGUGAAACAGUGCCGGAAAAAAAACAAUUCAAUCCUGGUUACCAACUUAUUGGUACCGAUUUCAUUUCAAACAACCUAGUUCACCAAGUCGAUUUUGCUACCAUACAUCUCUACCCUGAACAGUGGUUGCCAGGCUCAAACGAAGCUGCUCAGGUUGCAUUUGUUGACAAAUGGGUAGAAUCACAUAUUCAUGACGCCAAAAAUGUUCUUGGAAAACCUAUUGUUGUUGGUGAAUUUGGCAAGUCUUCGAAGUUAUCAAGCAUGGUUGAAAGGGACAGUUACAUGAAUAAAAUGUAUAGUGCAAUAUACAAUAGUGCUAGUAGUGGGGGACCCUGUGCGGGUGGGCUAUUUUGGCAGCUCAUGGCUCAAGGAAUGGAUAGUUUCCGUGAUGGUUAUGAAGUUAUCUUUGAAGAGAGUCCUUCAACUACCAGAAUUAUAGAACAGCAAUCCCACAAAAUGUCUAGUAUUGCUUAGUGGAGAAGCAUUUCGUCUAAAUAUGUUUGUAACAUUUUUUGUUCCCUGUGUGUUUUCAUUAUUACAAGCAUUAUGCGUGGUGUGAACAAAUUAAGCAAAUAACGUCAUCAAGAAGACAAUUUUCAAAACAGUUUUUAAUGUUUAAUUAUUUCUUGUAUACGAAAAUAAAAGUGAAAAACAAUGUCUUAGAAGGUGUGUUUUGGACCUAAUGCAAUCUUGCAAAACCAGCUGUGAGAAUUGUUCAACUUAUAUACACUACUUAAGUCAUAUCAUCAGCUGAUGUGAAAUAUUGAAUACCAUGUUCAUUUCUUAA